CCUCCUCCAUCAAACCCACCCCACCUCCAUUAUUUUCUAUUUUCCUCCGUUAACAAUCUCCCACCCCACCUUCAAUUUCAAUUUUCCUCCAUCUCCAUCCCUUAUUUUCCUUUUUCUUCGAACCACCUACGCUCGCCCCCACCCCCAAAAAGAAAAAGAAAAAAGUACUAGGAUCAUGUUCUUGAAUAUAUGAAACCAAAAUGAUAUCUUCUUCUGAUGUUCAUGGUCCUUUUUUUACCCCAGUUUUUUCACAAAAAGGUGGCUUUCCCAUUUCCAAUAUCAAAGAAACAAUUCUUCUAUGAUUUCAACAACAACAAAAAAAAAGGACUUGAUUUUCUUGAUUUUUUCUCUUAUCUAGAUAUGUUUAUAGGACACAAGUCAGCAGCCCCUCCCCCCCCCUUCCCCCUCCCCCGCGUUACCCUCUUUUUUUUUCUUCUUCUUCUUCUUCUUCUCCCCAAAUCCCAAAACUCCCAAAUUUCAAAACUUUUCUCACUUCCUUUACAAUUCAUAAAAGUAAAAUCUUUAUUUUAUAUGUUUAUUGAGCAGGGGCUCUGGAGAAGAUGGUCAAUUGAGCAUUGGAAACAAUGAAGAGAGAGAGUGAGUUUGUUCAAUUGAAGCUUUAAAUUCAGAAAAUGUUUCUUCCGUUAUUGUUGGUAGUAGAAACUCUCUUGCUAUUUGUGAAGAUGGAAACGUAUGGCCCUGAUAAUACCUUUGUUUUUUGUUAUUGAUUGAAUUUGUCGUUCUAUUGUGUAAUUUUGAUUUCUGGGAAUAAAGAAGAAGAUGAAAGUUGGGUUGUGUUAUUGAUUGAAUUUAUUGUUCCAUUUUUUAUUUUUUUUAAAUUUUUAUUAUAUUUUAAAUAUAAUAUUACUAAAAUUAAUUUUUUUUACAAAUAAACGCGCCCUUUUUUUUUUUUUAAAUAUCACGUCAACAUUAGAGGUGAAACAAAUACACUUUAAAGAUGUUAAAGGAGGUAAACAAAUGAAAGCUUAAUUUUAGUGCUAAAGUGAGUUGCGGCGACAAGUUUAGAGGAAAAUCAUGGCUUUUCUCUAACUUAAAUGACUACUAUAGUUAUUAUUAAGUUGUUUUUGUAUAUGCAAAAAAUUUCAAUUCUUUUCAGUUGUCAAAAAAAAAAAAAGAAGAAAGAUUGAGAGUAGUUUUUGGCAGUCCUAUCACAAGGAUUAUAUUAUCGAGCUCAAAAGCCAUUAAUAAUGGAGACACUUUAAUCUCCUCUCAUUGUGUAUAAAAAGAAAGAAAAAAAAAUAAAAAAAAAUCUCUAAUUUCCAGCAAACACUACUCUCUUUAUUUGACAAUUUUAAAUUAAGGUCUCAAUGCAGACACGGUUUUGUAAUUUUAUACUCCCUCCGUUCCAAAUCACCUAUCCCGAAUUUCCUAAUUUAAUUUCUUAUUUUACUUAUUUUUUUCAUUAAUCAAGAAGAGACAAUUUUUUUUCCAUGUUUUACCCUUUACAUUAAUUACAUUUUCUUCAAAUUAAAAUUUAAACAUCAUUUAAUAAGGACACUGUGAUAAACUAACUAUUUUAUUAAUUAUUUUUCUUGCCAUCACAAUUUGAGACGAAUAAUUUGCGACGGAGGAAGUACUUUUUGGGCAAAAUUCAAAAAUAACAUACUUAUCCCAUUAAUUAUGAGUUUCAUAUCAAUAGUUUCAUAAUUACAUAAUAUAACAAGUUGUAUUUUAUAUUUUUUCAAACUAUUGUUAUUAAAAUACAAAUUCAUAUGAUUUUUACUGCCCUUAUGAUCAAUAUAUAUUUUGUAAUUUUACAACUGUAACUACAAAAAUACAAAUACACAUAAAUACAUAUGUUACAAAAUAUAAUUUGAUAAAAAUUUUAUUAUUUUUAAUUAUUUAAUAUUUAAAUAUGUUACUUUAUGUAUUUUUUCUUAUUUUUUAUUUAUAAUUUAAAAUAUUUUAAAAAUGUGCAAUAGUAUCUGAGGGAGUCGUUUUGUUUCAGAUCCCAAAAUAUCUGCAUACUAUGGAAAAGAAAUUCUUUUUCAAAUCAUAUAUGAGCUGUCUCCAAAUCACGUGACACCUACAUUAUAAAUUACUGCAUACAAACACUAUAUAAUUGCCAUGAUAUGAUAUCUCAACCUAUUCCUGUAAGUUUUGAAAAGUUUCAAAAAUUAAAAUCCCCUUAAAACAAAAAAAAAAGUUUCCGCCACCGUUACAGUCAACGGCGAAAAAACUCCGUUUACUCGCGGCUCUCCAAUAUAAUACUCUCCCUCUUCUCUGUUCCAUUUCACAUAUAAAAAGUUCUCCCUUCACCAGUUAAACCCUUGAGCAAAAAUGCGUGAGAUUUUGCACAUUCAAGGAGGUCAAUGUGGGAACCAAAUUGGAGCAAAGUUCUGGGAAGUUAUCUGUGCUGAGCACGGCAUUGAUUCUACUGGAAGGUAUCAAGGAGACAGUGAUCUUCAAUUGGAGAGGUUGAAUGUGUAUUACAAUGAAGCAAGCUGCGGAAGGUUUGUUCCACGCGCUGUGCUUAUGGAUUUGGAGCCGGGAACUAUGGAUAGUGUCAGAUUUGGACCUUAUGGUCAGAUUUUCCGUCCUGAUAACUUCGUUUUUGGACAGUCAGGUGCUGGUAACAACUGGGCGAAAGGACAUUAUACUGAAGGAGCAGAGCUUAUUGACUCUGUUCUUGAUGUUGUUCGGAAGGAAGCGGAGAAUUGUGACUGUUUACAAGGUUUCCAGGUUGCUCAUUCUCUAGGAGGUGGAACUGGAUCAGGAAUGGGAACUCUCCUUAUAUCUAAGAUCAGGGAGGAGUACCCGGAUAGAAUGAUGCUUACUUUCUCUGUGUUCCCUUCCCCCAAAGUUUCAGACACAGUUGUUGAGCCCUAUAAUGCUACUCUUUCUGUUCACCAACUUGUGGAAAAUGCAGAUGAGUGUAUGGUGUUGGAUAAUGAAGCUCUUUAUGACAUUUGCUUCCGAACUCUCAAACUUACUACUCCCAGCUUUGGGGACCUAAACCAUUUGAUUUCUGCCACCAUGAGUGGCGUAACUUGCUGUCUCCGUUUCCCUGGUCAACUCAACUCUGAUCUCCGCAAGCUUGCGGUUAAUCUCAUACCAUUCCCUCGGUUGCAUUUCUUCAUGGUUGGAUUUGCUCCACUCACUUCUCGUGGGUCGCAGCAAUAUCGAGCAUUGACUGUUCCUGAGCUAACACAGCAGAUGUGGGAUGCAAAGAAUAUGAUGUGUGCUGCUGAUCCUCGUCAUGGUCGAUAUUUGACUGCUUCAGCUAUGUUCCGUGGAAAGAUGAGCACCAAGGAAGUUGAUGAACAAAUGAUUAAUGUGCAGAACAAAAACUCUUCCUAUUUUGUUGAGUGGAUCCCUAACAAUGUAAAGUCAACAGUGUGUGACAUCCCUCCAACUGGUCUGAAGAUGGCCUCAACUUUCAUUGGUAACUCCACCUCGAUUCAGGAGAUGUUCCGUAGGGUCAGUGAGCAGUUUACAGCUAUGUUUCGAAGAAAGGCUUUCUUGCAUUGGUACACUGGAGAAGGCAUGGAUGAGAUGGAGUUUACUGAGGCUGAAAGCAACAUGAAUGAUUUAGUUUCUGAGUACCAGCAAUAUCAAGAUGCAACAGCUGAAGAGGAAGGUUAUGACUAUGAAGAUGAGGAAGAACAAGAAGUAGCUUAAUGAAUUUAGAUUGUGGAGAAUUUUGAGUGCAGUUAUAUAGUAGUGGCUGUUGAGUUCUCUAUUUUUGUUUUGAGGUUUGAAACGUUGUGCUGUUUGGCCACCUUGGUGGCACAGUUAUUGAUUCCUUCGCAUUAUAGUUGGUAAUACUUCAUAUACGUGUAAUAUUGAAAUCUAGUGGAUGCUUUCUUUUGGUCCUUAUUCUAGUUCUAGAUGAAAUACUUCAGAAUGGGGAAAUGACUUAUUUCUUGAGCA